GGAGGCAUUGGCUCAAGUGAUAACAAUGAACGCUAGACAAGGGGUAGCUGCUCUGCACAGGGAUAGUUACAGUUGCGAUAAGCCAACAGCCGAUCAUUGACUUAUCGCCGAUUCGUAGUUGUAAAGCACACAAAUGGUCGCACUUGAACUUGAUAAGCGCCGCAGCCUCUCCCGCCCCCACCGCUGUCCGCACCACCGACACAAUGCGAAGGUGGCCUUUAACUCAGUUCCCACCGCCAUGCUGAGCUGUCGACAUCUGAUUGGACGGCUGCUGAGCGCACAAUGUCGUCAGGCAACCACCACCACCAGUGCCAAGCUGCUCGAUCAGCAGUUCGUAGAAAUCGAGCAGCCUGAUGGCCAGCGUCUGAAGUAUCCGAAUGUCUGGCUGCGCGAUAAUUGCCAAUGCGAAAAAUGCUUCCAUGCGCCGACACGGGCGCGCCAAUCCCAUUGGGAGCGUGGCCCGUUAAAUGUGCAGGCGAAGAGUGUCGCCUACGAGGAGCAGCAGCAACAGCUAGUCGUCCACUGGCAAGAUGCGCACAAGUCCAGCUACGACUUGCAAUGGUUGCGCGAGCGCGAUUUCGGAGCCGAAACGCGCUCGCGCUACCUCAAAGAGGUGUACAAGCCACCGGCCCAGUUAUGGGGCAAGCUACAGUUCGAGCAGGUCACGCGCGAGUUCCUCUACGAGGACGUGAUGGCCAACGAUGAGGUGCUGCUCGCCUGGCUGGAGGCGUUGGCUGUGCAGGGCUUUGCUCUGUUGCGCCAGGCGCCCGCUGAUGUGGAGGUGGUUCGACGGCUGGCCGAGCGCAUUGGCUACAUCAAGCGUACUACCUAUGGCGACGUCUUCGAGGUGAAGUCGAAACCCAAUGCCGGCAACUAUGCCUACCUGAUGACUCCGCUGCCCAUGCACACGGAUAUGCCGUAUUAUGAGUACAAGGCGGGAAUUAACAUUUUGCACACGCUCGUCCAGAGUUCGUCGCCCGGUGGUGCCAACACACUGACCGAUGGCUUCUAUAUAGCCGCGAAGUUGCGCGACCAGUAUCCGAAGUACUAUGAGCUGCUGAGCUCCGUACCCGUCAACUGGUAUGACAUUGGUCGCGACGGCGACAUGACGUUCCAUAGCCUAUGGCGAGCCCCAAUCAUCUGUCUGGACGUUGAUGGGCAGUUUGCGCGCAUCAAUCAAAACACCACGAAGCGCGACAGUCGCUUCACGGUGCCAUUGGAACAGGUCGUGCCCUGGUACGAGGCAUAUGACAAGUUUUUGCAGCUAAUUCAAGACGAAGCCGUCGAAUUCAAAACGCAGUCGGGCGACAUCUUUGUGUUCAACAAUCUGCGCAUGCUGCACGGUCGGACGGCCUAUGAGGACUCGCCACAGAACAAGCGCCACCUGGUGGGAGCCUACGUGGAUUGGGACAUUAUCUACUCAAAGCUGCGUACGCUGAAAUUUGGGCAAGUGAAAGGUUAGGCUGGCAUUAUUGGCUGUGAGAUGGAUUUGUAUGUUUAUUAUACAUAUGUACAUGUAGCUGCCGACACUGGUGUUCGCUUAUUAUAAUUGUAUUUUCAAUAAGUCA